AUUGCCUAAUAGAGUCUGUUGUUGAUAAUUGAAAAUGAUUUUGAUGUGCGGGAACUCUGUUAUAGUUCGGGUAACUCUCAGGAUGUGAAAUGGAUAGAUUUUUUCUUCAUCUAAUGUUUUUCACCUCUACAAGAGCUUAAUGGAACACAUUUCACUUGUAUCUCCAACAACACUCGAUCCCAUCCAAGCGAGAUAGUCUGCUGGUCUGGCAUACCAUCUACCUGGUCUUUAGUCAUUCACCAUCUUCUGAAAGGCAAUCAGAGAUGGACAGUAAACGCUGGAUUGCCAUAAUACACACAUGUCUGAAUAUGUUUAAAAACAUUCAUUUUUGCUUAUAAUGCAUCUCUAUUACAAAUCUCAACUAUCAGAAAGUGAGAAACAAUUAAAGGAAUAAUUUUGUUUUGGUUUACUGAGCAUUUGACAAUGCCAAUAUAUUCUAUUACCUUCUUUACAUCUUCUUUGAUAGCUACCAUCACCAUUAUACUGUCCCUUUAUCUAGUCCACUCUGUGUGCUCUCUCCAGAUGUUCUGAUGUCUAGAGAUAUCGGGCAUGGGUCCACCCAACCAAGCUUUGUUAGCCGCAGACUGUGCUGCUUGAAAUUAACAAACCAAAGAUGCACAAAUUACUAAAGCAAGAAUUGGCCAACUUUCUGAGGUUUGUUGAGAUAUGUUUAUCCUCCACAUUGCAAUUAGGUCUGCCUGUAUUUCUGAAGUGGUACAGAUUUAUUAGUAAACAAGGCCAGCCGAUCUGUUCUCAGCAAUAUCUACUAGCAGUCCCAUCUCACUUACUGGAUUAUUAAGGAGAUUGAUUCAGGAAAUUGUUCAUCCAGUCCUAUCAGAUGCACAUUAACCACAAAUUUAAUUCCAGUUAUGUCUUCUUACCCAAUCAAGGUACUCACAAGUUGGUAAUUAACUAACAAAUCUGAUAUUGAGCCCCAUAACUGGCCAGGGAUAGAUGAUUUUUCCAUGGGCAUACACAUUUGAUCUUAAACGCAGGGUACAAAUUGUUUAAAAAUAAAACUCUUUACUCACAAUCACUCAAGCUAAUCACAGACAGCUUCAUUCAAGUUUUUGAAUAAGUGACUGAAAUAAUUUACCCCAAUCCUGUACUGCAUACUAGGGUUACAUUCUUCUCCAGGCACUAAAAUUCACUUCUAAGCCAUCUCCAGUUGGAACAUCUAAUUCAUUAUCAUACUACCAUAAACCUCACCUUCCUUGCUAAGAUUUUCACAUGUAAUGAUUACACCUUCCAAGCUAAUGCCCUGAUACCUAAUAAUGGCCUAUAAUAAUCCCAUUAACUUCAUUAUUGUUGGCCAAAGGAAAUGAAUCUUAAACUUGAGUACUCCUAGGCACAAAUCCCCAUCCCUCACCCUUAAACAACCACCAACAUCCUGAUCAUAGCAAAGGCACAUAUGUCUCUGUGCAAACAAGUAAAUGUGUGUGAAUUCACUCACAGUUUCUUGCUUCACUGUUACCCAAAACAACAUGAUCCCUAACUGGAGGUGUGUGCCAUGAUCUCCUAAUCAGCUCAAAUAGUAAUUUCAAGUCAUAUAAUUUCCUAGACAUCAAGAUGUAAUAUUGUGUCCUUCAAUCUACUUAACACAGAUCCGGAUCCUUGUGUGAGUGACUUAGUAAAAAUAUGUUGCAAUAGUACAGCUGGUUCAUGGGCUCAAAGUGACAGACUGGUAUAGUCUGUAAAGAAAUGGAUAGAAAUUGGAAGUUCUAAGUUACUGGGCAAUUCCAUCACCCCAGUGAAAAUAAAAUACUCCACUAUUGUACAGUGCAGAGAGAUCUUUAUUGUGUAUCUAUCUUGUGCAGUACCUAUAUUGAUAGAGGGUAGAGCAAGCCUUACUCUGUAUCGAACCUGUGCUGUACAAGACCCUGGGAGUGCUUGAUAGGACAGAUGCUUUUUAUCAAUAUAAAGGAUAUUUCAACAGUGAAAAGGCAACCUGCAAUGAUGAACUUUUCUGACUUUGCAGCAACUUAUGGUAGCUGGGAAGAAGGUGUUUUGCUCUUUACUCCUCAUCCAUAUCCAGCUGCCGGAGAACUUGUGGAGGAGCGUUCCUAUUUACUGACCAUUCCUGAGAUCCUUGAGUUGAACCUGAAGGCCAAGGUUGUAGUCCUGUCUAGCUGUGGAGAUGGAGGUUCUUCCCAGGAUUCUGUGCCACCUCUGAUACUGCCCACUGCCUUCCUUAGAGCAGGAGCCUCGACUGUGCUGAUGCAGAUUAAAUCAGUUCCUCUGCAGGCUUCUCUCACCUUCUAUCACCACUUCUACGUUGCCCUUUGGUAUGGCUCUUUGGUCAGUUAUGCAGUGGAAUAUGCAAAGCACCAGAUGCAGAACGAUGACAGAUUCAGGAAGCACUGGAGUAGCUUUGUGCUACUUGGAUUGGAUGCAUUUGUCAGUUUGCAGGACAUUAAACAUGACAUGUUGCACCAGAACGUGGAGAAUGCAGAGCAGGAAGUGGCUCGAACAGAUAAAAAGGACUGGCUGAAUCCUACACCAUAUGUGCCUCCAGUUCCAGAUCUGGAGGAACUCUCUAUAAAGAUGCAAAAAAGUGUAGAAGAACUCCUUGUGAAUCAAGGCGCUGUCACAGCAUUAUUAAAGCUGCUUCAACUCCUGAUUGGUGAAGCAGCCAUGCGACUCUCUAACACUAACACAGAUCGCUGCACAGUGAAGUUGACGACAAAUAUAAUCAGCAUUCCAGGAAUAUAUUCCAUGCUCCAGUUACUGGGAUUUCACUUCCAGCCAUUCCCAUCACUCCCACCCAAAGUGAACAAGCUGACCGGGAGAAAGGCAGCGAAUGCUGAUGUUGUGAAGGAACGUGCACCAACCUUUUCCCAUGCCAGUCCGCUGGCCAUUCUCUUCCCACACUGGAAUCCAGACAGGCUGAUUCAAACUGCACAACAAGUCAUUGCCGCCCUUAUUGAGCUCAGUGCCAGUAAUCAGUGUAUCAAUGCGUUAAUUUGGAUCCUUCCCCUGACCUGGGACGUAUUAGAGCAGCUCAUCACUUUGCUGGAAAACUCUCAGUCGUCCACCAUGAUGUGUCCUAAACUGACGGAGAAGGGAGUUGCUGCACUUUGGAACCAGCCGCACCUCAGAGACUUUUUGCAGGUCAUUGGAUAUGAACAGGCUGGACUCUCCUUGGUCCACAACCCUAGGACCCCAAACAAGUCGUUGCUACUGGGGAGUCUCAAACUGUUCCUAGCCCUACACCCACAGUCUCCACGUAGAUGCUCUGAGGUGGGCCCUCAGGAUUGUUCUUCAACUGCUGUGAGAGUACAAGAGUUUACACAAGUUUCACAGGAAACUCCAGCGCUGAGAGAAGAUCAGUCCGCACAGAGUUCCCAGGAAACUUCCUCACUGAAGAAGGAUCAAACCACACAAGGCCUUCUGGAAACUUCAGCGCUAAGAGCAGACUGGUCCGUACAGAGUCCUCAGGAAACUUUGGCUCGGAGAGAGGAUCAGUCCACACAGGGUUCCCAGGAUAGUUUGGCACAAAGUGAGGAUCUGUACCCGCAGGGUUCUCAGGGAACCUGGACAUUGACAUAUGAACAAAUGAAGCAGGGUUCUCAGGGAAGUUUGUUACCAGCAGAUGAAAAGUCUAGUCUAAGAUCUCAGAAAAGCCCGGCACUAAGGGAGGAACAAUCUUUCUUGAGAGGCAAGAAGGGUGGAAUAGGCUCACAGGACACCCCUUUUGAGAGGACCAGGAAAGACAGACAGGGUCCUCGGGAAGCCACUGGAGACACUGUAAGAGACAAGAAAACCAAACAAGAUCCUCAGGAACCUGCUGCAAGAAAAAACAUGAGGAACAGACACAGUCCAACAGAAACUUCACUGGCAAGUGAUAAACCAUCUGAACAGGAAGCUCAGCAAUUGACAGGAAACGCUGAGAGAAAGGCAUCUGGAAGCUCAAAGGUCUGCCUAAACACUCUGAAACCACUGCUAGUACUGAGGCACCAGAUCAUGAUGCAGGCUCCGUGGUUAACUGUCAGAGCUACUGCAGAGGAAGUGCAAGUUAAGCGUGGUCUGGCACACAGGUUAACUUCUCUACGGUCACAACAGCAAGCUCACAUACGUAACAUGGAACUGUGGCACAAGAAAAUUCUGGAGGACCUGCAGUGUAAACCAGAAGAGAGACGAAACAAGACUCAGGCCUGCAAGGUGAAGAAGGUGAAAGUGAAAGGGCCCAGCACCCCGAGCUCCAACCGCACCCCCUUAGAUGCGCCCGCACCGGUUUCGCAGACUGUCGCACACAACCUUGCUCUGCGUUCGGCAGCUCGCGAGGUCAUAAAGGAACGAGAGGCGAGCGUGCGGCAUCGACACCGAGCUGAAGUCGGCAACCUUUUCCUGCCUUUUGUUGAUGCAGUGCAUGACAGCGUGUGACCGCGUGCGUGCAUACCACCUAGUGCUGCCUACACAUUACUACACAUUACAUUGUCUUUAAGCAAGGAAAUACAGACUGCCUCGUUUGAUGAAUACUCGUCCAAAUGAGUGCCCAGCAUGUCACAGACACGGACUUAAAAUCAUUUGACUAU